AUGGCUCAUGUCCAGUUUUGCAUUCACCAGUAUCCAGGUCUUCCUCCUCAGGGCUGCUCUCAAUCCUUUCAUCCCCGGUCUGAAGACUCCUUGCACUUGGCCUUUUCGAAUCUCAUGAAAUUCAACACGGACCCAUCUCUGAAGCCUGUCCAGGUCUCUGAAUAUCCCGAACCUCUGGCGUGCACUCGAUCCCGCUGUCCGUGUUGCCGACUGGACUUACACGCACCAUUACACACGGGAAGCGUUUUGCCGGUACGUAGGGACACAGCAACCCAGUCGGACUGUGAAGCGCGAAGGCGGGAGCUCCGCGAAGGAAGGAGAAAGAGGUGGCGGCGCUGUCCGGACCCGGUGUGCGGUGCCCCGGGAGCGGGGGAAGCUGGAGGAAGGGACCAGCGCCGGGGCAGCGCCGGCGGAAGAGGCGGGCUCGGGUCCGGCCGGCGGCUCAGCGGCCUCAUGGGUGGUGUGUGGGGCCGGGCGGCGCGGCUCGGCUUCUCCGCAGCCCGGACGGCGGCGGCGGUCCCGGCCAGCGACCGGCGCUGUCUGGGCUGGCUGUCAGGCCCCAGGUCGGGACCGCUGCUGCUGCUGGCGGUGGCCCUGACUCGUGGCCGUGGUCGUCCGCCGGCCGCCCUCGGCGCCGCGCCUCACUUCCUGCGCGCCGGGGUGGGGCGCAGUUCUUGGUGUCGCCGCUACGAGAGCGGCAGCAGCGGCAGCGUAGCCGUGCACAUCCCCGGGGAGCAGCCGCCUGUCAUGCCCGCCGCUGGACCCGCCGUCAGCCCCGCCGAGCCGCAGGCACCGGCGGGAGACGAGUCUCCUCGCCGCGGUCGCCGGAGAAAAGCCAAGGCGGGGAGCCAGGAAAAGAAGCCGAAGCGGCGGGAGAAGGUGAAGCGGAAUGGUAAUGCCGAGGCCGAGCAGAAUCAACCCGAAGAGAGCGGGCUGGGCGACGGUGAACUUGAGCCUCCCAUGGCCAAGAAGACAAAAAAAGCCAAGGAAAAAGCCAACGGUUUGGUUGGAGAGAGCAAUGGCUCUGAGCGUACCGUGAAACUUUCCUCUGCUGUGAUAUCCCCGACAGAGCAGAGUGCCUCCGGCGACACGGACACUGGAGAGCAGGACAGCGAUGCCGAGGAGCUGACAGAAGAAGAAAAAGAAGGCGCCUUCUCCAAUUUCCCUCUCUCCCAAAACACCAUCAACCUUCUCAAAGCUCGAGGUGUCAAAUACCUGUUCCCUGUGCAAGUGACGACUUUUCAGCCUAUCUAUGAUGGCAAAGAUGUAAUUGCUCAAGCUCGAACAGGAACUGGGAAGACUUUUUCUUUUGCUGUUCCGCUGAUUGAAAAACUACAGAGUGUCUCACAAGAUGGAAGGAGAGGCCGUGCACCAAAAGUGCUGGUUCUUGUUCCAACCAGGGAACUGGCCACUCAGGUAGCCAGAGACUUCAAGAAUCUCACCAGGAAGCUGUCAGUGGCUUGUUUUUAUGGAGGAACUCCGUAUAAAGAGCAGCUUGAUCUUCUUAAAAGUGGCAUCGAUAUUCUAGUGGGAACUCCUGGACGAAUCAGAGACCACAUUCAAAAUAGCAAGCUGGAUCUUUCCGAUGUGAAGCAUGUUGUUUUGGAUGAAGUUGAUCACAUGUUAGACAUGGGCUUUGCUGAACAAGUGGAAGAAAUCUUAGGAUUUGCUUAUAAAAGAGGUUCUGAGAACACUCCCCAGACACUACUGUUUUCUGCAACUUGUCCACAAUGGGUGUAUGAUGUAGCAAAAAAGUACAUGAAAGAUGAAUAUGAAAAGAUUGACUUGAUUGGAAAGAAGACUCAGAGGACUGCCACGACUGUGGAACACUUGGCUAUACAGUGUCGCUCAUCUCAGAGGGCAGGGGUUCUUGGGGAUAUCAUUCAAGUCUACAGUGGCAGCCGUGGGAGGACCAUUGUCUUCUGUGAGACCAAAAAGGAAGCAAAUGAACUGGCUAUGAAUGCUUCACUUAAACAGGAUGCCCAGUCAUUGCAUGGUGACAUUCCUCAGAAACAAAGAGAAAUUACGUUAAAAGGCUUUAGAAAUGGUGUGUUUGAAGUUCUGAUUGCAACAAACGUAGCUGCCCGUGGCUUGGAUAUUCCUGAGGUUGACCUUGUUAUACAGUGUUCACCACCAAAAGAUGUUGAUUCCUACAUCCAUCGUUCUGGACGGACGGGUCGAGCUGGACGGACUGGCGUCUGUAUUUGUUUAUUUCAGAGAAGAGAAGAAGAUCUUUUGAAGCAAGUUGAGCACAAAGCGGGGAUUACUUUUAAGCGUGUGGGUGUUCCUACUGCUACAGAUGUAAUUAAUGCUUCAAGUAAUGAUGCCAAAAAGUUGUUGGAAGCCAUUCCUCCUGCUGCAGUCGACUACUUCAGAAAAUCUGCUCAAGAGCUCAUAGAUGAAAAAGGUGCAGUUGCUGCCCUGGCUGCAGCUCUUGCCCAUAUUUCUGGGGCAGCUUACGUACAGCAGCGCUCCUUACUCAACUCGACUGCAGGCUUUGUGACCAUGGUGUUGAAGUGUUCAAUAGAAAUGCAUACCAUGGGCUAUGCCUGGCGAGGACUCAAAGAACAGCUUGGUGAUGAAGUAGAUGGAAAAGUUUCCUCAAUGCGUUUCCUCAAGGGAAAGAUGGGGGUGUGCUUUGAUAUCCCUGUUGAUGAACUGGGUAACAUACAGGAACAGUGGAGUGACACCCGGCGCUGGCAACUGUCAGUGGCAAAGGAAUUGCCUGAGCUAGAAGAGCUCCCCCAGGAGGCAGGACGAGGGUUCUCCAGGUUUGGAAAUGGGAGGCAAGGUGGCAGCGGCGGUGGUUUCAAGAAGAACAACUGGUAUAAGAAUGGAAACCGAGGACAUGAUUUUAACAGGUCACUUGAGUAGCUGCUGGUACAGAUCUGGACUGAGCUGAUUUUUAUCAAGAAGUAAAAGCCUGUCUAAUGACAUUCCUCUUUGUCUUUAUUCUUUGAUAAAGCAGUUUGUCUUUGAGGAUGGCUGAAAAUCAUGUUUGCUGAAAUGGGUUUUGGGGAAGAUUUCUCUUUACCUGGCAAACCAGCUGCUGCUAUUUUCCUGCUGUUAUGCCAUGUGUAUCUCUGGGGGACAAGUCUUUUGCUGGAAACUCAGCAAUGCAGUGGAACAUUUCCAAACAUGAACAGUUUGUACCUUGCCUGUUCAGCAGCCCUUGCAUUAAAAAAUCUGGUUCUGAAAACUAACUUUUUUCCAGAGAAAUUUGAGAUGGAGCCACUUAGCACCCUUCUUCCUGAGUGUCCCAUGAAUGCCAGGGGUCUGGUGGCCCUUGGGGUACUCCUGACAGCCUCUGCUGCUUCCCGGUGCUUGUUACUGUUUUGUGUAACUGUCACAGAGGUUGUGGGGACAGGCACUCAGAACCAGAAGCAGCAGGAAAGGGGCUGGCAAGGGAAAUGGGCGGUGCUACAAUUGUCAUGACAGCAGCUCAGGGCCAGGCCACUCCUGCAGUGCUGUCACUAUCGAGCGGCUAAGCUGCGGUGUGUGCAAAGCUCUGCACCGCACGGAUGUCCUCAGCAUCACGUAAGGACCAGGAGACUGAACCCUGCUGCUCCAAGUACAGUGCCUGGGCCCUGCUGCAGGAGGUGAGGCAGAAGCUUGGCGCCGCUGUGCAGUGGGCCGUGCUGUAGUAUGAGCUGGGUGUUAACCCCAGUGACAGCGAUGAAAUGCCAGCCAGCAAGGAGCCCCUGCAGCACUGCAUGCAGCUCCUUCAGCUGCACUGCUUCUUCCCUGACUGCGUCUCCCUCUACAUACAGGCCCAGGUGGGUUGGGGUUGUGAAGGGUGAAGAGAGGUAGUGUGGUGCAGUCAGAGGGUGUAAGGGGCCUUUGGAGGCAGUGGGUGUGUGUUGUGCCUGUUGGCCGUGCUGUGUGGUCUCUGCGAGGAGCUGCAAGGAGAUUUGUGGCACUUCAGUCUCCUGAGUGAUCUGGCCUGUUUAUUAAUCAUGGAAAAACAGCACACCUGGCCUUUUGUUUCUUGUUCAAAGAGAUCAUUCACAGGUGGUAGAUGUGUAGGGAUAUGAGUUUAAGCUUACUGCUGAUGCCUCUGGGUGUGCAGAGCAUCUAACAGUGUGAUAGACUCUUGAGAGUACACUGCUUUGUCAACUCCCAGUUUCUAUUUAAGUGUGGGCUGAGACAGAACUUUGAAGAAGUGAGCAAGAAGUUGUCAGCAGACCUUGGUAUGUCCAGAACUUAUUUGUGAUUCCUUAAUUACUAUUGUUAAAAUAAAGUUGGGAGAUGCUUUAUAUAUGCAGUAUCCUGAAAAUUGUUUACCAGCGUUGCCUCUUAUUUGCUCUUCAACCUUGUCUAUUUUAUUUCAAAUUAGUAAGCACAGUUUUGUA